GCGCGGCCCGUCAGCGCCGUUAAAUGCCGUGUGCGGGCGGGCGGCGCUGCCUGGGCUGCCCCGGCCCCUCACGCGCGGGCGGCCGCCUCCCCCGCCUUCUCUGCCGGUACAUGGCUGGCGGGCCGUACUUGUCACGGUGUCACAUCCUCCCCGCCGGCUGCGGCCCCAACUUCCCCCCCAGCUCGGCUGCCGCCGCCGCCCGGGGCCACCGCAGCGGCAUGGGAUAGAGCACAGCCGCCUCAGCGCCUGGCCGCCGCCUCCUGUCGCGCAGCCCGGCGCCUCGCCGCACGCUCAUUUUACAUUAAUUCUCCCCUCCGGUUUAAAUUCUUCACCCGCGUGUCCCCUCCCUCCUCCCCAUUGCCUCUUCACGCCCCCUCCCCCCCUUUCCCCCGUGCCCCCCGUUUGGCCGCCCCUCGCUCCCCUCAGCGCCUUCCUCAACGGUCCUCAACGGUCCUCGCCGCGGAGCCCCCCGGAGCGGAUAGCGCCUGGUGCCUUGUUCACCCAACCCCUUCCCCCUCUCCCCAAGUAUUCCUGCGCUCGAACAUCUCCGUUUGGCCUCAUUUUUGUGCUUCGGCGGUACAUGCACAGCCCAAAUUAGCAGCGAGGAUCUCACGGAGAGGGGUACCGCCACCUCCCUCGGCUCCCAGAUAUAUGUUGGGGAAAGGAGGAAAGCGGAAGUUUGACGAGCAUGAAGAUGGGUUGGAAGGCAAAGUGGUGUCUCCCACUGACGGUCCCUCUAAGGUGUCUUACACCUUACAGCGUCAGACUAUCUUCAACAUUUCCCUUAUGAAACUUUAUAACCACAGGCCAUUAACCGAGCCAAGCUUGCAAAAGACAGUUUUAAUUAACAACAUGUUGAGGCGAAUACAGGAAGAACUCAAACAAGAAGGCAGCUUGAGGCCCGUGUUCGUGACCGCUUCGCAGCCCACCGACCCCCUCAGCGACAGCUUCCGCGAGGCCCAGCCGGCGUUCAGCCAUCUCACCUCCCCGCCCCUUCUCCCCACUGACUUGGUAAGCACUACGCCCCUGGAGUCUUGCCUCACCCCAGCCUCUUUGCUCGAGGACGACACUUUUUGCACUUCCCCGACUGUCCAGCACGAUGGUCCGACGAAACCACCACCUCCCGCUCUCCAACCAGUAAAGGACAGCUUCUCCUCAGCCUUGGACGAAAUCGAGGAGCUUUGUCCAGCACCUACCUCCGCAGAGGCAGUAGCAGCCCAAACGGCCGCCGACGACUCUAAAGAUCACCCCAGCGAGUCCAGCGUUCAAAAGGCCGAGGGCCUCCCGGAGAGCAGAACGGCCGAAUCCAAACUCAUGGACUCGCUCCCCGGCAACUUCGAGAUAACGACUUCCACGGGUUUCCUCACAGACUUGACCCUGGAUGACAUUCUGUUCGCCGACAUCGAUACGUCCAUGUAUGAUUUUGACCCCUGCACGUCUGCCACGGGGGCCGCCUCAAAAAUGGCCCCAGUCUCGGCAGACGAGCUCCUCAAAACUCUCGCUCCUUACAGCAGUCAACCAGUAACUCCAAAUCAGCCUUUUAAAAUGGACCUCACAGAACUGGAUCACAUCAUGGAGGUGCUCGUUGGGUCUUAAAAUAUAGAAAUUAGAGCAACUUUUUUCUUUCCUUGUUUUGUUUUGUUUUUCAAGUUUCAGUAUAUACACUCGGUAGGAUUUCCAUAGUCCCUCCCGCCCCCGAUUCACAGCACUGUGCAUGCGUCCUUGCUUGCCUUUUUGGAAAAGAAAAGGAUCACACUAGUUUUUUGCUUCGAGCAGAGUUGGAGUGCCUUCAUCCACGUAUGACCACUUCUAAUGUAUUUUGGUUUUGGGUUUUAUUUUUUUUUCCUUCUUUUAAAGUGGUUCCUCAAGGAAGACCGAAGAUCCUGGUAUAGGGAAAGAAUAUGUAUUGUAGACAAUGUUAUGUUAUUACAAAAAAACAACAAAAAAAAGCUUAAAAAAAAAGGUAAAAGCUAAGCACAAGGAUUUAUGUUGGGGAAAGCUGUAAAUUGCAUGUGCAUAUUUGUCUAUUUUUUCUAUAAGUUUUAUUGCAAGAGGUAAAGAGAAGAAAUAAUUUUAUUAUUUAGAUAAUCUCAAUACCAUUUUAGCCCUGUAUAGGUUGACUUAGCAAUUCAGCCUUUUGGAGGCAUUAACCUGCUCCUCUUUAAGUGUUGCAUUUACAUGGCUGUUUAGAAACUGCUGCCCAAAUUUAUUUUAUAUUUUUGUACAGAUUCUGCAGUUUAUGAUAUUGUUUUUUCUAAAAACAAAUGCUGUUUAUACACACACAAAAAAAAAAUAGCUAUUUUGAUAGGAUUUGCUCACAUAGUUCCUGCAUAAUUCAGAUGUACAAGAACCACUUGUACUUUUAUACAGAGUUGUAAUGUUUUAUAUGUGUAUGGUGCAAAGAGAAAAUUGGAUCAAAUAAGCCUGCAGUCGGUUUCCCUGAAUGCAAACAAACAAACAAACAAACAAAAACAACCAACCAAGUGCUUUAAGAAAGGGCCGGGAGCUGCUUCCGACAGUUUCACAAGUGUUUGCUCCCUGCUGUACCCACUGCGCACUACUGUGAUUCCUGAAACUUAGAGCCAUGUCCUUUUUCCAACACGUACGCGAAGCAGUUGGCAGGAAACGGUUGUGGAACUUCACCCGAAGAGGCCCCGAGCUGCUGCAGGGCGGCCGCAGCCCGCGCCUGCCCACCCCAGCGUCCUCACCCCGAGCGACGGGCUGGAGGGAGAAACCAGCUCCCGACCCGACGGGCCUGCGUGGGGAGCGGGCAGAAGACUGGCCUUGACAGCGUCCACUCGCCCUUUCUUGGAGCAUUUCUCCUUCCCUUGCCCCCACCUCACUGUGCUAAGUGCUGAAAACAAAAAGGCAACUUCAGUAUUACUGCAGUGAAGCUCAUCUCUGACCUGCACUGGAUGGACUUGCUUUAAUAUCCAUUGCUGUUGAAACUGGAGCCAGUCGCGUUCCAUCACGUGGCAUCUCGCAGAGGGUUGGUUUCUUCUUAUCAACUGUGUUACCUGCUUUACACUUUAUAGACCCGUUUUACAACCAAUAUACAGACACAGCUUUCUAUGCAUGGUUCCCCGGAACACCUGAGAAGUCUUCUCGUUACUGCACCGAUAGCUUGGGGGGGUUUGGUUUUGUUUCUGUUUGGUUUUUUUUUAAGUUCAUUGUGGUGUACAUUUAAUUUAACAAAAAGAAAACAACAAAGAAAGACAAAAAAAAAAGGGUUUGCAAUGUAUCAUGCCUAUUGCUGAAGUCGCUGUGGCAUUUUAGUUUCUCAAUGGUACUUUAGCUGUCGAGCGCCGGUUCCAGCCUAUAUUGUUGACAUGCCUCUGGCUUCUUUAGGAAUAACUUUUUAUAUUUAUUUAAGAGAAUUUAAAUUAUGUUUUAACGUCACCGGGCAAUAUUCAGUCCAUUCUGCUCCCCUCUUGUCAUGGAUGAAAUUGGGUCUUGCCUGCCUUGUAAGGAAGGCGGCUUUUUUAUAAAUUGGCACUUUAAAACAGGCCAUAUGUAUUUAUUAGUAGGUAGGUAGGUAGAUGUAACAUAGAUAUGCACACAGGCACAGCGUAAAAGCAACUACGUUUUGCAAUGAAGGAACUCCUAACCGAAAUGAAACGCAUCACAUACGCUUGGGAAACGCUCCUGGCUCCUGCUUCAUCUGCCAGGGCUGAGGGAGGAGAGGGGGGGAACUGGCUGAGCAUCCCGCUAGGUGAAGGGUGCUUUCUUCUUUCUUUUCCAAGCUGAACUCAGUGAAGCAAUGGGCUGCUGCUGGUUUUGCAGAAAAAGAAAUAGUAAGUUAUUGCUUCAAAGAAAACCAGUGACCAAGCGUAGCUUCAGGGACCAGGGGAAGUUGGGGGGGGAGGUGGGGGGAAAAGAGAGGGGAGACUGCUCCCUCUCACACCCAGCAAGCAGCAACUGCACCUCACCCAGCCUUUGUAGGGAAACAAACAGCCCUGCUGGAUUCUGCACCUCUUGUAACUGGAGUAACUGGGAGAAACAUCUUUUAGCCAUGCGAGGGGCGUCCGGCCGGCUGCACAAACCUGCAGGCACGCGGUACCAGCGCCAGCCUCACACCGUAACCUGGUAAGCACUUGCCUUACCACAGGUACAAACUGCUCUGGGAUCACUUACCUAUUUAAACAAACGCCAUACAGUGACAGGCAAAAGCUGACACCGCUGCCGGGGUUGGGAGGGCUGUGCUGGUGAGCGGGGGUUCCUUGGGAGGGUUUAAAUCCACUUCACCCCUCGGUGGCCAAUGCCUUCCGUGUAUCCCGGGUGCUGAGGAGCACGGUCCCUGGCAGAGCCCUUUGGAGAAUUGGGAAUCCCUUCUGGGAUUGACACAACCCUCCUUGCCUUAGGGGACAAGGCAGAGAAGGUGGGGCAGGAGGGCACUGCCGAGGAAGGGCCCUGCCAGCGCAGCCUUCGCUGUGGUCGUGACAGCUGGAACGGCUCCGACACCUACACCAGGGAUGGAGAUUGACAUUAAUGUGCAAUGAAGUGACAAGAUGGGAGCAGAAUAAAAGAGCUUUGGAUUUGAAGUGGUUUUUUUUUUCAUAAAUUAUUUAUUCUUUUUGGGGUUUUUUUUGUUUCCUUCUGUAAAUAUAUUUAUUUUAUUGUGAAGCUAACAACAUCUGGAUUGUAACAUGUACAGAAUGUAUGGUAGGAAUGUAUUCUCUUGUAGGAAUGUAAAUCUGUAUGAAAAAAAAGGGUAUGGGAGCCAGAUUCAGAGAAAAGGAAUUGAGUUCCAGGCAGGAUAUGCAUGGUUCACAUGACCUUCUCCUCCACUCCCCCCCCCACCCCCCCUUUUAUUUUUAAUCUAAUAUGGGUCUGGUUGUUUGAAAUAUGCAAAAAAGGUAUGGAUGAGGGACAAAGUUUCUGUUCAAAAUUAGUCCUGGUCAAGCUCCUACCCUGUUGUCUUCUCGAAACGGGCCUCCUCCCACACUGCUGGGGUCUGCAACAGGAGCGACGGCAGCCGUCUGCCCCGCUGGCCUGGGACACGUUGGAAAAGGGUGAUUUGUUUUAACUUGUGAACACACCUGGGAAGCCCAGCUGAAUUCUCUGGGGCUGGACAGCUAAAGAAGGGUGCAGGAUGUCACCUCCAGCCCCAAAAGUUGCAACAGAGCCACCACCACUUCGUUGCCAGAAGGUAAGAGCAGAUGAGGAGUCACGACCGUGUCUGCAGCAGAGGGUUUGCUUACUCGAGUUCCAACUACCCACCUGGCUCCGGGCGUCCCACCAGCCGCUCCUGGGACACCACAGGUCCCCUCCUGGGUGCAAAGGAAGGGGAACUUCCCUCCUCAAGAGAACGUCCUCGAGCAGUGGCAUGUAGAAACGCCUCCGUCCAGCACCUUCCUCACAGCCCGCUGGAACAACAAGACGGUAAAGCCACUGUCUGAAGCAAUCGCCCUCACGAUAAAUUUGGACCUUGUGAAAGGUAAUUUGGGUUUUCCUCAAUUCUGUGUGGUAAGAGCCUGCGUUGUUUAAAAAAAACCCACAAUGUUUUGAACCCAAAGUUUACGCUUUUAUCACCAUUAAAUGGAGUAAAUCAUAAUGGGUCCUGUCUGACAAACAGUUGAAUUCACUCUGGCGUAUUCUGAACUUCUUGUUCUCGUUUCAGGGUUUCUUUUGAUUUUGUUUUGGGGUUUUGCUUUUUCUGCCUCCCCCAUCAGGUUUCAGUAUCCUGCUUCUGUCUGUGCAAGUUGCUUUCAGUGCUUCUGUUAAUUAACGAGACUGAAUGGUUAUUUUUUGUUUAAAGCAAUGAGUUCUUUUUUUUCAAGCACUUUUCCUGAAAAUAAGCCUAAAUGCAAGUUCUGGAACCUCUCUGAAAAGAACACAAAUUGCAGAUAAAAAUCCCCAAACCUCGCCUCCUCGAGCUAGUUCUGAACGUAAUCCAUACUAGUGCCUGUAAAGGGCCAAGAUUCUGGAAAAGGUGUAAAUAGUGUGACAUGUUCAGUGCAUGGUUGUUUGAACAGGGCUUGUUAUUGUCAAAUAAAAAGAGACAAAAAAAAAAGACAAAAAAAAUAAAAAGAAGAAAAAAAAAGGCUGUAUUUCCCCUUCCCCUCCCACAGACCUUAGAGCUGUGCCUUUUCUAUGCAAUAUUACAGACAUAUACAUCUGAAACCAGAUUACUGUAUUCACAUGUAGGUAUGGGCUGUAAUCAACAAGACAAAACCAAUUGGACAAAUGUACAUGGAAAUGAGCAGUCUUACUUUUGUAGUUUUAUAUUAUACAAUAAACGAUUAAAAUCAA